ACACCACAAACCAUGGGCUCCUUCAAGCCACUUCUAUUUUUUGCUGUAGCUACUUUAUUCGCAGCUUACUGUAAAGCCGAAAGCAAAGUUGUUUGUUACUACGAUAGCAAGUCGCACUUCAGGCAGGGGCAAGCAAAAUUCGAAAUCACAGACCUAGAACCGGCCCUGCAAUACUGCACCCACCUUAUCUACGGCUACGCCGCCAUAGACGAGGAAACUUACAAACUAACUCCACUCAAUGAACAAUUCGACGUAAUUAAAGACAACUAUCGAAAAGUCACAGACCUCAAAAAACGCUUCCCUAAACUUAAAGUCCUACUUUCGGUUGGAGGCAACGCCGAUGUCAGCGGCCAAGACGAAGAAAAAAAUAUCAAAUACCGAAACUUAUUGGAGACCACAACUCGACGACUCGCGUUCGUAAACUCUGCCUACACCCUUGUCAAAGCUUACGGUUUCGAUGGCCUGGACUUGGCCUGGGAAUUCCCCGAGAACAAGCCGAAGAAAAUCCGAUCCAAACUUGGAAGUAUCUGGCAUUCGGUGAAAAAAACGGUAGCUGGAGACAAGGUAUUGGACGAGAAUGCGGCCGAACAUCGGGAACAGUUUGUUAGUUUAGUGAGGGAGCUUCGAGGGGCUUUCAAAGCCGAAAAUUUGUUGGUCACUUUAACCGUUUUGCCCAAUGUUAACAGCACAGUCUAUUAUGACCCUCGAGCUUUAUCACCAAACUUGGAAUUUGUCGUGCUUGAAGCGUUCGAUUUUUACACACCUGCAAGAAACCCGAAAGAAGCUGAUUAUCCUUCGCCCCUUUACGAAUUGGUUGAUCGGAGAAAUGACGAAAAUAUCGACGCUCAAGUCAAGUAUUGGAUGAGUAACGGGGCCCCCAGCGCCAAAAUCGUGUUGGGUCUCCCAACCUUUGGUCGCGCUUGGGCAAUGGACGACGAAUCCGACAUCAACGGCACUCCGCCUCUGCACAUCUCGGGCCCUGCUGAAGCAGGCCCCCUCACAAAAGACGCCGGUCUUUUAAGCUACCCCGAAAUUUGCACUUUACUCAACGACCCACAAAACGCCAAAACCCAGAAAGCUUUCCAAGUGAAAAGAGUCCCAGAUCCCUCAAAACGCAAAGGAUCCUACAUUUUUAGACUCCCUGAUGAAAAUAACAACGGCGGUUUUUGGGUCGGUUAUGAAGACACCGACACAGCCGGAUAUAAAGCCAGUUAUGUGAAAGCCAAAGGACUGGGAGGGAUUGCAAUUGUUGACUUGUCGUUGGACGACUUUAAGGGAACUUGCGGGCGGGAUAAAUACGAUAUUUUAAGAACCGCUAAAACGCAUUUGUAAAUGUUAUAACCGAUUGUAAUUAUUUUUGAAAAAAUAUACAACAUUAAAUAAACAA